AUGGCGGAGUUUUCCGGCGAAGGAGGGGUUUCAAGAACGCCGGAGCUGAGUUUCGGAGAUAAUGAUGGCAAUGUACGGGCGACAGCAACGAUUGACGCCAUGAUUGCGACGGGAAUGGCCACUGCGACGCCGUUGACGGUGUCGGGAUCGUUCAGGGACGGGAAGAGUGGUUCGUCGAGGAGGAGAGCUUCGGUGAGGCCAAGUUUGGACGCGGAUGAGUUCAUAAAUUUGCUUCACGGCUCGGAUCCGGUGAAGGUAGAGCUUAACCGGUUGGAGAAUGAAGUCAGAGAUAAGGAUCGAGAGUUGGGGGAAGCGCAAGCGGAGAUCAGGGCGUUGAAGUUGUCAGAGCGACUCCGAGAAAAGGCCGUUGAAGAGCUCACUGAAGAAUUGACGAAGGUGGAGGGGAAACUCAAGUUAACAGAAUCUCUUCUAGAAAGCAAAAAUCUUGAAAUUAAGAAAAUCAAUGAUGAGAAGAAGGCCUCCAUGGCAGCUCAGUUUGCAGCAGAAGCCACUCUUCGAAGGGUUCAUGCUGCUCAGAAAGAUGAUGAUAUGCCUCCAAUUGAAGCCAUCCUUGCACCCCUAGAGGCUGAGCUCAAGCUUGCUCGACAGGAGAUUGCAAAACUGCAGGAUGACAACAAAGCAUUAGAUCGCCUUACCAAAUCGAAAGAGGCUGCUUUACUUGAAGCUGAAAGGACUGUGCAGGUUGCCUUGGUGAAGGCUUCUAUGGUGGAUGAUCUCCAAAAUAAGAACCAAGAGUUGAUGAAGCAGAUAGAAAUUUGCCAGGAAGAAAAUAAAAUUCUUGACAAAAUGCACCGCCAAAAAGUUGCAGAGGUCGAAAAGCUCACCCAAACUGUGCACGAGCUUGAAGAGGCUGUUCUUGCUGGUGGUGCAGCUGCAAAUGCUGUGAGGGAUUAUCAACGGAAAGUUCAAGAGAUGAAUGAGGAAAGAAAAACUCUUGAUAGGGAGCUGGCUCGUGCAAAAGUAACAGCAAACAGGGUGGCGGUUGUAGUAGCUAAUGAGUGGAAAGAUGCAAAUGACAAAGUGAUGCCUGUAAAACAAUGGCUUGAAGAAAGAAGGUUCUUGCAGGGUGACAUGCAGCAAUUACGGGACAAACUCACUAUAGCUGAGCGAACAGCAAAAUCUGAAGCACAGUUGAAGGAAAAAUAUCAAUUACGGCUGAAAGUAAUAGAAGAGACUUUGAGAUCAUCAAACACUAGCAAUCGCAGCAUUUCUGAUGGAAGAUGUGCAAGUAACGGUCCUUCACGUCGCCAAUCCUUGGGUGGAGCUGAUAACAUCUCGAAAUUGACCUCCAAUGGCUUUUUACCUAAGAGAUCACCAUCCUUUCAGUCGAGAUCUACUCUGUCUUCUGGUUCUAGUACGGUGUUGAAGCAUGCAAAAGGAACAUCAAAGUCAUUCGAUGGUGGCUCACGAUCAUUAGAUAGGGGUAGAGCCCUCUUAAAUGGAGCAGGUCCAAAUUUUAAUCUCAACCAGUCCUGUGAGGGGACUAAGGAGAGCGAGGCAAAUAAUAAUUCCUGGGAAGGCAGCUCAGAUGAAAAACCUAGUAACUUCCCAGCUACAGAUACAGAGGAUACAGUGCCGGGAUUGUUGUAUGAUAUGCUACAAAAAGAGGUGAUUGCAUUGAGGAAAGCUGGUCAUGAAAAAGAUCAAAGCCUUAAAGACAAGGAUGAUGCCAUUGAGAUGUUGGCAAAGAAAGUUGAUACUUUAACCAAGGCAAUGGAGGUUGAAGCCAAGAAGAUGAGGAGGGAGGUAGCUGUCAUGGAGAAGGAAGUA